AUGGAAAACACAGCUGGAAAUUAUCUGACAAAAAUAGGCUGGGGAAAUUAUCAAAGAAAAGCACUCCUUUGUGCAUUAGAAUCUGAAGCACUGAUUAUCGGAAUAUUAAUGCUAUUACCAACUAUAGAUAUUAAUUUUAAAGCAUUAUUAAACACAGAAAAAUCUAUUUCAGCAUGUAUAAUGAGCUUAAGUGCUAUAUUGACAUCAAGCUAUUUUGUAAGGAACCUUCAGAAAAUAAGCCAUAUUGAUAUUUAUAAAAAUUUCGGGUAUCUACUAUUAUUCGGAUUGAUAAUCCUCUUAUUUGCCUCAUCAAUUUUAGAAAUUUACAUAUCAAUGAUUGUAAUAGGAAUCGGACUAGGAGGCGAUUUUACGUUUAAUUUUCACAUUCUUUGUGACAGUUCUCCAAUAAUAGGAAGAUCCCAUUACAAAUGAAUAUCCGUUGGAAUUGAUUUUAUUAAUAUUUUUAUUUACAGUGGGGUAUUUGUUUUAGCAUACUACAAAAUUGAUAUUUUUCCUUAUUGAAAAGUCAUAGUGUUUUUCUUAAUAAUCAUUCACUGCAUUUUUAUGUAUCUUCGGUCCUCAUUAGUUGACGGGCCUUUAUUGCUGUAUCGUCAAGGCAAAAAUGAAGAGCUUAAAAAUGCUUUAAAAACAGUAAAAAAUAUAUUAGAUUGCUGUAGAAAAUGAAAUAAAAGACUUUAAUGUCGAUUUAAAUGAAUUCGAAAACCACUCAGCUCCAAUUCAAUGCAGCUUACUCCCCCCCCAUCCUUGAUCGAACGACUCACCAUCGUUCGAUCAAGGAUGGGGGUUAAAAAAAAUUUUUUUGGGAAAAAAAUUUUAUAUAUAAAAUGAAAAAAAGAUAUAUAUAGAUUUUUUUUAUAUUUACUUUUAAAUAAGAGGGUUAAGAGUAUUUAAUAAUUAUUUUUACAGCAAAAAAUUGAAUUAAUUUCAUAAAAAUACCAAUUUUUAAUAUAUUUUGAUUUAUUAGUUACCCUUUUAAACUGUAUAAAUUUUAAUUUAAAUUAAAUAUUUUUUUAAAAUUUUAAAGAAUCUCUAUUUUAUUAGAUUAUUGAGCUUUUAAGCCUAUGUUGAUGUCUAAAUCACUUCGGAUGGUUGAUUUCGCAGCUUUCUGUCGUCUCAAAGCUCUGAAAACAACUUCAUUAGGCACAUCUUCCAAAGCUUUUGAUAACUAAUAUUUUUUAUAUAUAUAAAAAUUUGCAUGAUAUGAAAAUCGUUCGAUCAAGGAUGGGGGUUAAUUUCCCCAAUUUUUAGGAAUUUUUACAGUCAAUCGUUCGAUCAAGGAUGGGGGGGAAGUUAGGAGACUUUUUUAUGCCACCUUUAUCGUCAGCGACUUUUAAACUGUCAAUAGUGACUGUUUUAACCUUCUCAAGCUUUAUAGGCUUUGGACUAUUUAUUCCUGAGUUAAUAUUAGCCCCAAGCCAUUCUCAAAAAAUUGGGAUUUUGGCUGUUAUGAGAUUUUACAGCCUAAUGGGGAAAUUUCUAUCUUCCAUGGGAAUUGGUAGCGAAUUUAAUAGGAAAGUUUCGUUUCUUAUAUCAAGUUUCGCCGUUGGAGCUUGUGUUUUAAACUUCUCUAAUUCGACUGAAUUUUAUCACUAUAUAAGAUACAGCGUGAUUUAUGGAGCUUCUUCAAGCAUCUCAACCGUAGCUCUUUAUUCUUUAAUCCAAGAUAAUUAUUUGCCUGAAUACUGAGGACUGGCUUUUAUGCUGAAGAAUUGUAUGGAAUCUAUUGGAAGUAUUUUUGGUACAAUUCUAUUUGGGACCGUUUUUAGUUCCGUUGGAUCUGCAUCUGCUCUUAUUUGGAUUGGUUCGGCUUCUAUUUUGGCAGGACUGAUAGGACUAAGCUUUGAAAUAAAAUCAAGCAAUGAAAAUAAAAGCAACUAA